AUGGCUGAAGUAAUUGUCGGCUUCGUCUCUGCCGGAGUUGGCAUCGCUGCCUUCGCUAUCCAGAUUUCGAAAAGCAUUGAUGCCCUGCGUCAGAUGCGAUUGAGGCCUGGCGAGGCGCGCAAAGAUCUGACAACACUCCUCGAAAGACUUCAGAUUCUUCACCAGACCGUAUCCUUGUUGAAGGCUUGGGAGGGGUAUCAACCCGUUGACGUUAUAAUUCACCAUGUACAGGAGCGAUACGGAAUUAUCGAACCAACACUUCGUGAACUCUUGGAGAAGCAUCAAGAGAAGGGAGAAGGCCACGGUCGUCAGUGGAAGAAAAUGCUAGCCCGGCACCCAAAACAACAGAUCAUGGAUCUUCGAGUGGGCAUCAAUGAUCUCAUCAGCAUUCUGAAUCUGGCUUUUAUGGCUUCGCAAUGCCAAGCUCCAAAGGUUCAAGAACUCACAUCAACGGCCAACACAGAUCCCGAUCCGCCGCCAGAAGAAGAAGGAGGCCCUUGUGAUCCAGAGCCUGAAGGAGACACUGAUGAGACAGAAUCGUUCACCACCACGGCGAUUAAUCCGAGCCCAACGUCACAUCAAGAGCACCGCGUCAUAUUAUCAGCAGCAAAGCCAACUUCAAAUUCUUGCGGGGCGCAAAAGUAUGGCUGCUCAUGCCAUCUCACUGGCGUCUCCGGCCGAUUUUGGUUCCUCCAGUACACGCCACUCUCCAGCUUCAUUAGGAAACCCAACGACAGGGCUUCAGGAUGCAGGUGUAUGAGCUUACAACUACGAAUGGCCCUAUCGAGGUUCGGCAUCCCAUACGCUAUCGUUGCCGGAAUCGGGUUCAUGGUCGAUGGGUCAGGGCUUGAACUCCGGCCUGCUCUCCGAGCGAAAAGAAUCGUCAACUACACGUCCCCGGGGUUCGAGACUAUAUGGCGUCUUGAGAGAUGCUUGAUUUCUCUUUCUGAAGCUCGUGAGAGGUUUGUUGAACUCCAUCGAUCCAACGGCUCUCUUGGAUGCCACAAGGAUCCUUCGGGAAAGAGCUAUAUUCAAACACUUUUGCGUUAUCCUUGGGGAGCCCGUCAAGAGGACCAGUUUGAUCUGCUUCACCUACUCGUCACCGAGUGCGAGAUGACGCUAGCAGACGAGACUGAAAGGCAAGCGAGCCUUCUCGAAGGUGUUUUCAGUGAACUGACAUAUAAUAACAGUUUCCUUGUCCAGUGCGCAAAGUGGAUUGGAAAGGGCAAUCACCUUACCCUGCUUGAUACUAUCCUAGAGCAUGGAUUCGACGCUACUGCCAUUCAUGCAUCCCCUGUUGAUAAAUGGCCUACUCAAUUUUCGCCAAAUUGGCUUGGCUCUGAACGCACUCCAGACCCCUUCUUCAUUGAGUAUGUGAGGACGAUUUUGAACUACAGCCCGAGUCGACAGAACCUAAUAAUGCCAGGUUACUCGGGAUCGACAAUCCUACACAAUGUGCUCCUCAACGGAUCCGUUGAUUCGGCAGCGUAUUGGUUACAGCGAUCGCAACCACUAGAGACCAAUGUCAACUUCUUGGGACAAACUCCCUUGCACAUCGUGACCACUCGUCCAGAGCUGUGUCGUCUCGUUUUAGGCGCCGGCCACGAUGUAGACGUUACGGACAAUUUUGGAGCGACGCCGCUAAUGUACGCCGCGGCCAUGGGGCAAACAGAAGUCGCAAAGUUACUGAUCUCGAGAGGUGCCAAUCCUGGUCUCAAAGACACGAGACUACAGUGGACCUUUCUGGAUUAUGCUUUCUUCCGUGAGCACUGGAACCUGGCUAUGGACGUUCUUUUGGUAAUCCAAACCGUGGCCGAGCCAACCGUUUUUCAACUUGUUGUCCAGUAUGCUUUGAUCCACGCUCCCAGAUAUCUUGACGCUCUGACAGUGGACGUCACUUUUCUCCCAAAGGUCAUUCAGCUCUCCGACGACGUCAAUUUUACAUUUGGAGACAGCGGUGUCACAGACAAUAGCUUGAUGCACUACGCAUCUGACCUCGAAAUGGCGUCGACUCUUGUCCAGCGCGGGUUCAACAAAUUCAAUCAGAAAAACAGUGAAGGGAAGCUAGCUAUCAACUCCCUAGCGAAAUACCGCAAUGCCCCCCUCAUCCAAUUUUGCCUAGAACAGGGUGCGGAUGUAGGCAACGUGAGCCAGGCCGGCCGCACCAUCUUUUUUGACCUUCUCCCAGACCUAGAGUUUUUCAACCCAGCCACUUGGGAUAUCAUUGACUCUAUCAAACUUUGUCUGAGGGCUGGCGCCGACCCCUUGAUCACGGACGAUUGCAUAUGCCCAUGUUCACCUGACGGCUGUCAUGUAGCCUCCAUGUUUCGGUUCAGAUUCCGCCGCCCGAGUUCUUUUGGCGCAAUGCCUGAUCUGAUGUGGGCUUUUGAAUUACUCGCCCUCCUUGAAGAAUAUCGUGGUAUUCGGGCAGCAAAACAACUGCUCCUAUCAUUUCUCCGAAGAAGUCAAUGCGAUGAGCCCCAUAUUUCCAUUGCCCACGUCUGUUGCCAUAGGGGCGACGGCAUCGGAUGGACAAGUUGGCCAGCCCCGUCGCGUCUUCAGGACGAAGACAUUGAGGAGAUCCUGGAUGAGGAGCAAGAUUUCAUCAAGGCCCUAGAGAUGGAUAUGAAGCAGUUUGAGUCGUUUGACUUGCCGAAGCUCCGGACCGAGUUCAUGGUCCAUUUGAAAGGGAACUACGAUGCCCACAUCGAGAGCACGAGGCAGGAAAGAGAGAAAUACGCAUCGGACUCGAAAUACCAAAGUUUGAUAACAUAUGAAGUCGACUAUAGAAGUGACAAAUUCAAAUCCGCUGCCUGUCUUUGGCCACUGGAGUACUCAAUCGCUCGUUCAAUAGCAGAAUACGCCUUCUGGCUACAGCAUGAGCGCUUGAGGGAAGACAAACCACUUGUUCGCGACUUUCACAAAGCUGGUUGGUUUGAGAGACGGAUCUCUUGGCUUCUUGAGUUCAUGGACAUAAUGGGGGUGACAGGGGAGAUGUUAGCGAAGAACAUGGGCAGCAUAUCCGUCACGGAGACGUGGAUCGAGAAGAUUGACCCCGAUCAAACGGUCAAGUCUUUCUUGGAAGCGAUAGGAAAGGCGAGGAACAAAGACGAAGAGAGGGAAACUGGGUGA